UCGACUUAAGAGGCGGUCAACAAGUGGAAAGCAAACCCCCUUAAAACAUCGCCGUUGGUAAUUAUUGGAAAUGUAAGGAUGAAGAACAAGUUCGCAAAAGUAACGUUACGUUACCUUCUCCUAGAACGCUUUUUCGUGUACGCUGAAAUAUCAGUAGCAGGCCUUUUGAUAAAUACGGGUACCGUUUGGAAUAUUUAGCCUUUGUCUCCUAUUUUUCAUCAUAAUUUAUUUUGAAGGCUCAUAUUCGGUCAGUCAAAAAGUCAACUCCAUGGUUAUUCCACUCUGAAAAGGAUAUUUAAAAGGUGAAUGGGAAAUAAGAGAUAUACAACUCGUAUUCCCUGAUUGCGAAACUGUAUAUUUGAGCCAAGACUGAAUCUAACUAAGGUAAGCACUCGAUAUUUCUCCCAAUGAGAAUUAAAACAUACUGGCCCGCGAGUCUGAUCGGUGAGUACUUUUAAAAUGCACCUAAUCUCCUGCAGGUAAACUGCCGCGUACCCAGACUUCGUUUUUUUUUCAAAGCUGCGAUUUACCUGGUUCAGAACUGGUGGCUUUAGUCAUUGUAAUCCCUUCCCUGUAAACAGCAUUUAAAAACGUGACCUUGCUACCUGCUUCUCUAUAGAUAUUUAUGUGUUAUUAUUUCCUCAGUGUUCUUCACUUGUGGAGACGUCUUCUUUUAAUUUAACAAGAGAAAUUUUGCCUCGUUCCGGCCAAAAAAAGGGAUUAAAAAAACCGAACGCUUGAAACGUCAGCAUCGAACGAAGGAACGAAAAUUGACCAUGUCCAUUACCAGAGUUAUUCUCCAGGGAUGCGGAGCAGAGACUGUCAUUUUCUUCUUGUCUGUGCUGUCAUCAGCUGUUAUAUGUCCCGCCCUUGGUAGAUAUUGUAAAGACGCAAUCACAGUGCUCAUCGCUCUUGGAGCUGCUUGUCUCACCGGCGACGCGAUCUUCCACCUCUUGCCGCACGCAUUAUCUCAACAUCACGACGAUGACGCUGGUGGUACAGAAUCUACUCAUAGCGUACUUUUAUGGCGUUCCUUCUUGGUUGUGUGCAGUAUUUAUUCCUUCUACCUAUUCCAUCUCUUUUUUCAAGUUAUGGAGGGUGGUCACUCUCACUCUCAUACUACGUCGCCUGAUCCACUUGAGAACAAGGGCCUGCUAGAGGCAGAAACCAAAGCCAAGCGAGAGCAGUCUGCGGCCAAAAUUAAUAAAACGCUCAUAGGAACGAUAUUAGUGGGUGAAGUACUACACACAUCGUGCGAUGGAAUAGCUAUAGGAGCUGCUUUCUCAAAAUCAUCAGGGGACGGACUCAGUACGACACUAGCUGUGUUAUUUCAUGAAAUACCGCACGCAGUAGGUGAUUUUGCCAUCUUUGUCUCGUCUGGUCUGCGUUUCCGCGAGGCCCUGGGUCUGUUAUGUUUCUGUUACCUAUGCUCAUACGCGGGCAUACUUGUAGGAGCGACCCUAAGUGCCAGUCUGAAUAUGACGCCCUGGAUAUUUGCCGUCAUAGCAGGAAUGUUUCUUUACGUAGCACUGGCAGAAAUGGUUCCAGAGAUGUUCGCCAGCAUAACAUCAAGAUCUGAUAAAAAAUGGCGAGUUAUAUUUCUACAAAACCUUGGACUUUUGCUCGGAUUUGCUAUUAUGAUCACGUUAGCCGUUUUUGAAGAAACGAUAAGGACAUCGUUGCAGUAGUUAAUACUAUGGAAAUGAUUUUUUGUAGUUACCCCUCGGCUUCCUUUUCUCACAGCAAAAGUAAAAUGUUGUUGAGGUCAGUCUGAAGAGGGUGAUUCCAGCGGAAUUUUCUCGUAGCCAAUGAGAAAUAUGCGAUAAUCAGAAACGAAAUGAACAUGAAAGCGAACUUCGCAGUAAUGAACACUACUUAAGCAGAAGUGAAAAUAAGGCCUGACAAAAAAAUUCAGGCCUGUGCGGGAUUCGAAUCCUUGACCUCUGCGAUAUCGGUGCAAUCAGUCUACCAACUGAGCUAACAAGCCAACUGGGAGCUGGUCAGUAUGUUAUUCAUCAGUUAUUGAGUUUAUUACGAACCAACAUACUCUGCUUAAGUACUAUUCAUUACUGAGAAGAUUGCUUUCAUAUUCAUGUCGAACAUGAAUUUAUAUCUGGUAAUCCUUGAACACAGAUCUUGGUAUUAUCACUGUAAAAUUAGGCUUACAAAAGAAUUAGAACGAAAUAAUAUUUUUGUCCUUUUUACGAAA